GCACUCUCUCACGCGCGCACAACACCCGCUCCGCGUAUCGACAGUUUUUUUUUGUUGCUGUUGAUGUUUUCAUUGCAGCUGUGUCACAAAUAUAAGUGUGUGUUUUUUGCUGUUGUUUGUUUUACCUUUCCCUAAUCGGCAUCUGUUUGAAAGAUAAAUAAUUUCACGCGUUGGUGGAGUCUCUUAGGGUGCAAAGCGCUCCUCAAGUUUACUCUCCCCCUCCCCCUAUCGCCAUCAAUGGACACGAAUUCCAAAAGCGAGGAGGCGCAGGUGUGGCGUCCGACCAUUACACCAUGGCGGUCCUCCUCCCCUCACCCGGCCUCCGGCGCGAGUUCUCCCAAAACGGCGGAAAGCUCCGCCGUCGACACGAGCGCCGCCCCACCACUGUGGAUAAAGCCAACGGGGUUGACCUCCUCUCCUUCCACGGCGUCGCCGGGCGCAAACGGCUCCGACAUCGCGCCAAACAUGGAGCAGCGGUGGGAGGCCUUCCAGCGACUCGCACAGGCGAGCGAGGCGGCCUUCCGCGAGAUGGCAGUGACGGCGGGCCGGCAGCACGGCGAGAUGGCGGCGCAGCAGAAGGAACUGGCGGCCUACCAGGAGAGCCAGAACGCACUGUCGGACCAGCAGCGGCAGCACAUCGACCAACUCACCCGCGAGUGUGCGCAGCUCCGGCAGAGCGACGCGAGCGCGAAGGAAGUCAUCGCCCACCAGGCAGACCGCAUCGUCGCACUGGAGGCGGAGUUGCAGGCAACGCGGGUGCGCCUUACCCAGGUCAACCUCGCGCAGGAGCAAUCCGCGCAGGAGUGCCGCCGACUCCAGAAGAGCUGCAAGGCGCACGAGAUGCACACGGGUGAGUUGCAGGCGUCGGUGCGCUUCGCUGAUGAGGUGGUGCGGUCGAUGCGGCAGACCGUCGCCGCCUGUGAAAAGGAGAAGAACGAAGCUCUGCUGGAGCAGUACGGAAAAUUCGAGGGCUACCGGACCGAGCUCACUGCCUUCUACGACCGCCGCGCGGAGGAGAUGCGGGCCGAGUUCACGGCCAAGGUGGCGGCGAUGCAGGCCACCAUGCUGGCCGCUGCCGACACCCGCGAGGCGCAGCUGAAACAAAGCUGGCAAGUCACCGCUGCGAUGCUGCGCCGCGAAUACGAAGAAGUGACGCGAGUGGCGCAGCAGCGCAAGGCCGCGAUGGACACCGAAUUACGCGAACGAAAAGAGCAGCUGGAGCGGGAUAAGGAGGCGGCGCGGGUGCAGCUGCGGCAGGAGGCAGAGGCCACGGAGCUGCGGUACCGCGCACGUGAGGAAACGCUGCUAGAGGACAUCGCCCACCGUGAACAGGAGUUGCGAGAACGGGAGGCCGCCAUCCGCGCAGCCCUGGCCCAGCAGGAACAGGACCUGCAACGCCGGCUGCAGGCGAGGGAGGCGGAGCUGCGCAGUGCCCACGACGCGGCCCUCCAGCGCAUGUCGGAGCAAGCCGCGGCGGAGCGGGAGAAGUUGUCGGAAGGCUUCAUGGAACGUCUGCAGCAGCUCUCCAACGCACACAUGCAACAGGAGCGCGAGUUGGAGCGGAUGCACCGUGAAAAGGAGCGCGAAAUGGCGCAGCGAUACCGCCUGAGCAGCGUCGACGGCGGCGACAGAGGCGACGUGCGCGAGCGCCGGCCUGCGGAGUUCGCUUCCGUCGGCAGCGACGCCGCGAAGGAGGCGUUGCUGAAGCGGUUCGAGUCGGUGGAGCAUCGGCAGCGCGAGCGCUCCGACAAGCUGCGCUCCGUCCUCUCCAGCCAAGAAGGAGACCGCACAAACGGGGUAUGA